AUGUUUUUGGUGUUUAAUAUUAAGGCUGACCCUGAGUUGGAAGCCAUCAGGCAAAGGAGAAUGCAGGAGCUAAUGGCUCAACGUGGCAUGGGUAGUAAUCAGAACCCAGAACAGCAUAAAGCCCAAGAGGAUGCCAAAAGGGAAGCUGAGGAGCAAAGGCAACUGAUUCUUACACAGAUUUUGACAUCAGAAGCACGAGCUAGACUUGCUAGGAUAGCACUGGUUAAACCUGAAAAGGCAAGAGGAGUUGAGGAUGUUGUAAUAAGAGCCGCGCAAACGGGUCAGAUUGUCGAGAAGGUAUCAGAGGAGAGGCUCAUAUCUUUGCUUGAACAAAUCAACACCCAAACAACUAAAGAAACCAAAGUAACUAUUAAGAGGCGGACGAGCGUUCUUGAUGAUGAUUAGUCUGUUUCAUGGUUCGGUUAUCAUUCUGCUCAUCUUUGUAUGGGACUCUCUAUGUAACUUGUAUGGCGUGAAAUUAUGAAUUUUUCGUCUUGGAUGAGAUAGUCCAUAUAAAGGGACCACUUUCAUAUUCUGCAUUUUUUAUCUGGAUGCUGAUAAGUUUCUAUGAUUUGAUGAUUUUUAAGUUGAGCCGAGGAAGUUGUUGAAGCCUAUAUAUGGUUUUAUCUAAUGUUUGUUUAUAUACUGCGAGUGUUCACACUAGGGGCGGUACCGUAAU